UCCCUAUAUAUACCCACCUUCACUUGAAUGGUAAGCCAAGGUGGACUAAAACGUUCCCAUGGGGAUCAAGAAGAUAUUUGGUGUUGUUUUCUUUGUGCUAUUAGGUGUAGGUAUUUGUUCUGCAGCUAGAAAUCUCCUCACUCUUGAUGAAGUAACUCCUCACCUUUCGGGCAUUGGUCAUGGUGGUGCCAAUGUUGGGGUAUAUGGUAAUGGCGACCUUGGAGGAGGAGGUGGAGGAGGUUCAGGAGGUGGCGGUGCACAUGCAAAUCUAGGAGAAGCCGGAGCUGCUGGAUACGGAGGUGGUGGUGGUAAAGGAGAAGGUGGUGGUGGCGGUCCUGCUGGUUAUGGAGGUGGUGGAGGAGGUGGCAAUGGUGGUGGUGAAGCUAGUGCAGGUGGAUAUGGUGGUGGAGCUUCUGGAUAUGGUGGUGGAGGUGGUGAAGGAGGCGGAGCUGGUGGUGCUGGCGGGUAUGGAGGAGCGGGUGGAAUUGGAGGUGGUGGUGGUAGUGGUAGUGGUGGUGGCGGAGCUAGUGCCGGUGGAUAUGGUGGUGGAGCUUCUGGAUAUGGCGGUGGAGGUGGCGAAGGAGGUGGAGCUGGUGGUGCCGGCGGGUAUGGAGGAGCCGGUGGACAUGGAGGUGGUGGUGGUAGUGGUGGCGGUGGAGCUAGUGCAGGUGGAUAUGGUGGUGGAGCUUCUGGAUAUGGCGGUGGGGGUGGUGAAGGAGGUGGAGCUGGUGGUGCAAGUGGACAUGGAGGUGGUGGUGGUAGUGGUGGCGGUGGAGCUAGUGCAGGUGGAUAUGGUGGUGGAGCUUCUGGAUAUGGCGGUGGAGGUGGCGAAGGAGGCGGAGCUGGUGGUGCCGGUGGGUAUGGAGGAGCCGCUGGACAUGGAGGUGGUGGUGGUAGUGGUGGCGGCGGAGCUAAUGCAGGUGGAUAUGGUGGUGGAGCUUCUGGAUAUGGCGGUGGAGGUGGCGAAGGAGGCGGAGCUGGUGGUGCCGGUGGGUAUGGAGGAGCCGGUGGACAUGGAGGUGGUGGUGGUAGUGGUGGCGGUGGAGCUAGUGCUGGUGGAUAUGGUGGUGGAGCUUCUGGAUAUGGUGGUGGAGGUGGUGAAGGAGGCGGAGCUGGUGGUGCUGGCGGGUAUGGAGGAGCCGGUGGACAUGGAGGUGGUGGUGGAAGUGGUGGUGGAGGAGCAAGUGCAGGAGGAUAUGGUGGUGGAGGGGCACAUGCAGGUGGAUAUGGCAGUGGAGAAGGAGCUGGAGGAGGUUUUGGUGGUGCAGGCGGUCAUGGUGGUGGUGGUGGAGGUGGUUCUGGUGGUGGAGGUGCCGGUGUAUAUGGUGUAGGAGGUGCACAUGCAGAAGGAUAUGGAAAAGGUGGUGGAGCCGGAAGUGGUGAGGGUGGUGGCUAUUAUCCUUAAAAGUACUCUAUCAUCAUUGCAAUUCACCAAGAGCAUUAAUAUUGUCACUACUAGUACUAAAAGAAAUAAGUGUAAUUUGGUUACAAAAACCAAAACCUUGAAAGAUAUGGCAAGAAACUUUGGAAUCGAAA